AUGGAAAAUUACGUUCCUGAUGUAAGGGCAACAUCUAAUUUUUCCCAUAAAUGUAAGAUUAUAUCAAAAAAAAUAGACCAAGGGGACGUAUGUGGAGCUCUUAAAUUAGCCUCAUCUAAUGAUAAAUUGGCUCCAUUUGAUGAACAUACUUUUACUUUACUAAAAGAAUUGCACCCUCAGGCUUUUCCUGAAGAUCUUCCCAUCCCUAUAAAACCUAAUUUAAUCGAAAUAGGUAAAGAAGAACUUAUUAAAACAAUUUUAUCUUUUAAUAAAAACUCUGCAGGGGGAAUUGACGGUUUUCGCCCCUCUUAUUUCCAAUUUUUAAUUAACCCUAAAAAUCCUCAUAAAGAUACAUUUGUAAAUUAUUGUCAAAUUCACCAAAUCCUUUUUGGCGCAAGAUUAAUUGCUUUUACUAAGCCUGAUGGUGGAGUUCGGCCAAUCGCAAUAGGGUCUUUUUUUAGGAGACUAUUAGCUAAGAUAAUCGUUGAGCGCAUCAAACCUGAUGCUUCAAAAAUGUUCCAAACAUAUCAACUAGGCUUUGGUACUAAAGGGGGAUGCGAAAUAGCCGCUCACUCUCUUCGCAUAUAUAUCGAAGAUCCUCCUCCAGACGCCGUAGUCUUUUAUGCAAGACUUAUUGAACAGUCUUAUGGCUGUAGAACCCCUCUCAAAUUCGGGGAAUAUACAAUUCCUUCUGACGAGGGUAUUCAACAAGGAGACCCUUUGGGCCCUCUGAUCUUUAGUUUAGAUUUAAACAUAUGGUAUCUAGAUGAUGGUACCAUUUGCGGACCUUCUAAAAAUAUUCUUGCAGCGAUAGAUUAUAUAGAGAAAAAUUCUCUAAACAUAGGCCUUACUCUAAAUAAAGCUAAAUCGGAAAUAUGCUUUUUAAAUUCAAAUACUCUCAAAGUCCAAGGAAGUUUAUUAGAAAAUAUUUUAAAUAUUAAAUUGGAAGAUUUUAAUUGGGGUUUCUCACAAUUACCCUCGAAAAUGGGUGGUUUAGAUUUAUAUCCUUUAAACCUUCUAUCUCUUUCCUCAUUUUUGGCAUCGCGUUUGAUGAAUAACGCCAUGAUAUCUUCUUUUAUCUCUCCUAAAGAUAACCUUUUAAACUCAGCCUUGACAGCCUGGACAUCUUUAGCUCCACCUGAAGCUGUCUUACCCACGAUCUUAACACACCAAUCUCUUUUCGAACCUUUAAUUAAAAAAAUUUUUAAAAUAAUCUCAUCAAACCCCCCUUUGGAGUAUAUUCAACUAUUACAGAAUGCUGACUGUACUAGUGGCUAUGAAUGGUUGGAAGCAUUACCAAGUCGUAACCUAGGUAACCUCUUAUCAGAUGAACAAUUAAGAGUUGCCAUAGGCCAUCGACUUGGAUGUAACAUUGUUCAACCACAUACAUGCAUCAAAUGUAAAACAUUAGUUGACUCCAAAGGGAGACAUGGUCUAAAUUGUAUAUAUAGUCAAGGCAGGCAUGCAAGGCAUGCAGCAAUAAAUUUAGCUAUUAGCCGUUCUCUUACCAGGGCCCGAAUACCAAACAUCCUGGAGCCUACAAAUUUAUCGUUAGAUGAUGGCUUAAGACCAGAUGGUUUAACUUCCGUGCCUUGGUCUUUAGGGAAAUCCUUAAUUUGGGACUUCACAUGCGUAUCUUCUUUCCCAAAAAAUUUAAAUUCUAAUCCGCGAUGGAGCGGCGAUCCUCCACAUCAGCCCUAA